AUGGAUCUAAAGCGUCACUCAUCACUUUCAACAGUUGUGGCUCAUUUCUUUGGCAUCUUAGCCGUUAUUCUAAUGCUCAUAUGGCUUCUCCAUUACCGUGAAGGCAUCGAGUAUGGCUCCCACAAUCCUCUUAAGGUUUUAAAUGUGCACCCAUUUCUUAUGUACUGUGGAUUUCUCUUCCUCGUGGGCCAAGCAAUGAUGACGUACAAAACGGCGUAUGCGACGCACCAAGUGCAAAAAAUGGUUCACGGUGGGCUUCACUUAAUAGGUUUAGUUCUAGGUAUUGUCGGAAUUUGCGCCGCCUUUAGAUUCCACGACAUGUUAAACAUUAAAGACAUGGUCUCUCUUCACUCUUGGAUCGGUCUUACCACUUUCAUCCUCCUCGGCCUUCAGUGGUUAUUCGGUGCGUUCACAUUCUUAGCGCCACAAUCUUCGUCGAGGACAAGGUCGAGGAUGAUGCCAUGGCACGUCUUAGGUGGUCGGGCUCUACUGUAUAUGGGUAUUGUUGCAGCCCUUACCGGACUCAUGCAGCGAGCCACGAUGCUUGGUCAGAGCACAAACGCUGAGUCACGUCUCAUUAACUUUACAGGCUUAGCCAUUCUACUCUUUGGUGUUUCGGUUGAUUUCUCCGUCGCUCUUGGACGUUAUAAUUGA